CGAAGCAACAGGAUUAUUAGAGUUUUCAUUAUUGCUAUUGGUUCUGUCUGUAUCGAUAUCGGUUAAUUGGGAUAUGAGCCAGGUCAAUGAAUCAGAAGGUAGUGAUGAAGUUCUAUCUAUUAAACCCAGAGUAAAUUGA